AUGAAUAUGUUGGAUGAUGAAGAUGACCAAAGCUUUCACGCUACGCGUGACGGCUACUCCCAUUUGAGCGAUGUCGAAUGGGAUGCGGUUGAACGAAUGGGUUCGACCAUGGGCAUCCAUGCUGUUAGCGUCAUGCUAGAGGCUCUCAAUAGAGAUGCCCAACAUGCUACUAUCGCCAAGUUCAUUCAAAAUGAACUUGACGCAGAACGCGAGAAAGUAGCCUUGCUUCACCAACAAGGUUCUCAACAAGCAGAGUUGUUGAGAGAACAAGGUGCUCAACAGUUUGAACUGUUGAGACAGCAGCAGGCUGCUGCUGGCGGGUCGAUGCACUCGCGUCGGCCCGAGACUUUGAAGAUUGACAUCUCAAAGGCGCGUCGCAUCGACGACGGGGAUAUGCAAGUUGCAUUUGCCCAGUCAAAUCUGGCAGGACGUGCCAAGACUUGGGCACUGGGGCUCAAGCUGCACGACCCAUACGCGUUUGGGUCGUUGGAAGUCUCUUCAAGUCGCGGCUCAGACAAACGUUUGAACUGCCUAGAGCUGAGUUCAGAGCUCGAACCGAACUCUUGA